AUGCAAGGGAUCUGCAAAGAUCCCGCGACCAAGUCUUUGAAAAAUCCCUCAUCCUCCUCCUUCUCCUCCUCCUCCUCUUUAAAGAAUACAAGGAAUCUCUCAAGCGUUACGGCUAACAGCAACAACAUGAUGCUGAAAGAACACAAUAAGAUUAAGCAGGCGGAGGAGUCUCUUAGAACCAUCAUGUACUUAAGCUGCUGGGCUCCCACUUGA